CCAAAGGCCAAAGCCUCUCUUGUUUGGAAAUGGAGGGGGUUCGGCUCCCCAUUUACGAGUCCUAAUAGUUCUUGUUGCUUUCUUUUAUUUAUAUAAAAGAAGGCAGAAAGAAGGAAGGAAGGAAAGAAAAAGAGUGGAGAGAGAGAGAGAGAGAGAUCGGCAUCGUCAUCAUCAUCACGCCUCUCCGGUGGUCGCAUGGAAAGCGCAGCCCCGCUUCGGCUGAUGCUCCUGCUGCGUACUUCGCCGCUUCCACCUCCUCCCCCAGCUUCCUCACACGCCUUCUCCUCCUCGGCUUUCUUCAAAUAGGCUUCUUGGAGGGCGGUUUUAGCUGGGAUUUAAUUCGACCAGAUCUGGGGGGAGGGGGCUUUAAAUCUCUGGAUCGGCCGUUUCGACUGGCGAAUUGGAGAGAGAUAGAGAGAGAGAGAGAGAGAGGGAGAGAUCGGAUCGAAGCGGGGAGAGGAGAUGGAGGAGAGCCGGCUGUUGCAUUGGGGGAUGUUCCGGGCGGUGCUGGCCAUCCUCCAGUGGUGGGGUUUCAACGUCACCGUCAUUAUCAUGAACAAGUGGAUCUUCCAGAAACUGGAUUUCAAGUUCCCUCUUACAGUCUCAUGCAUCCACUUUAUAUGCUCUUCUAUUGGAGCAUAUAUUGCCAUCAAAUUGCUUAAAAUUAAGCCGCUGAUUGAGGUUGAUACUGAAGACCGUUGGAGAAGGAUAUUUCCUAUGUCAUUUGUGUUCUGCAUCAACAUUGUUCUGGGGAACGUGAGCUUGCGGUACAUUCCGGUUUCGUUCAUGCAGACAAUAAAAUCAUUUACUCCUGCAACAACUGUCAUUCUGCAGUGGUUAGUGUGGAGAAAAUAUUUUGAGUGGCGCAUAUGGGCUUCUCUGGUACCCAUUGUUGGGGGGAUUCUUUUAACCUCCAUAACAGAGCUUAGUUUCAACAUAUUUGGAUUUUGUGCUGCUUUGUUUGGUUGUCUGGCUACAUCUACAAAGACUAUUCUAGCAGAGUCGCUACUUCAUGGAUACAAAUUUGACAGCAUAAACACGGUAUAUUACAUGGCGCCAUUUGCAACCAUGAUACUGGCUGUUCCAGCGACAUUACUCGAAGGGGGUGGAGUUAUCAACUGGUUCUACACACACCAAUCAAUUUGUUCAUCGCUGAUCAUAAUUUUCAGCUCAGGAGUUCUGGCCUUUUGCCUCAAUUUCUCUAUAUUCUACGUCAUCCAUUCGACGACUGCCGUCACUUUCAACGUUGCAGGCAAUCUCAAAGUUGCGGUUGCUGUCAUGGUCUCAUGGUUUAUCUUCCGGAACCCAAUCCCUGCUCUUAAUGCCAUCGGAUGUGCAAUUACACUGUCAGGCUGCACUUUCUAUGGGUAUGUUAGGCACAAGCUAUCCCAGCAACCUGCUGUUCCUGGAACUCCGCGAACUCCCCGCACUCCCAGGAGUCGAAUGGAGAUGCUUCCACUUGUAAACGAUAAACAAGAUAAAGUUUAGCAUCACACCCAUACGCACGUCGAAGGAACCUCUUCUAACUAUUUAUCAGCAUUCAUGAUAGAUUUAGCGUAGAGAAGAGCAAUGUACAAGCUGUGUGGUCACCUUUAUAUCUCCAGGAAGCCGAUGACCCAGUUUUCAGUCAGUUACAGGCACCAUAUUAAAUGCAAAAGUUUCAGCAGCCGUGAGGGCUCUGGUUUUUCAUUUGCCAUGUAAUUGUUACGGUUGUUUAAAAUUAUACUCGAGAAAGAGUCUUUUCUCAUUUUUUUCCUUUGAACCUUAUCCUACUUAGUACAGAGUUACUCUAAUAUUAGAUGUUA